CAUAAUUAUUCUCAAAAUGGCAGUCAAUCCUGAUAGAAAGGAAGGAUUGCCAAAACUACGUGAAAUUCUACGACGGCAAAGAGAUGAUAUUGAUAUUGGCGGAGGCAGCGGAGACGAGAGUGACCUUGACUUUGUCUACGAUGAUGCGGAUACCUCACAAUCCGAGAUUGCAGAGCUGUACAGUUACACAGAGGAAGAGGAAUUUGAACAAAACAAGCAAUGCUUCGAGGAGAACUUUAAGUCUCAAGGAUACAGCGAGUGGCAGUCUCUGGAAGAAGACAGGAAGCGAAAGUAUAUUGUGUACUUGCAGAAUGAGCUAGAGGUUGCGGAUAAAGACAGGAGAAUGAAUGCAAUCAGGAUUAUACUCUAUCUUGCACAAGGAGUGUUUGGAGAAUGCAGUACAGAUGAGGAACAACAGGAGACGGCCCGUCUUAACAUUCACCGUCUGUACGAACACGGGCAUUUCUUCUCGUUUGUUGAGCUGCUAUGUCUAGAAGUCGAUAACCAGGAAGCAAUCGCCGCAGCUAUGAGAAAGUCUUCAGUGUCUAUCAGUGAUAGUUUCCACCUCAGGACCAUAUUGAGCGUACUCUACACGAUGGUUGAAGUCAUGAGGGUGGAAUGUGAGCAUGAAACAGAUGAACAGAGUAAAAACAGACAGACAUUCGCUGAGGAACUAGUUGAGCCAACUUUUGGCCAGGAGUUGCUGCCAGUGACACUGUUCGGUAUGGUGACUAAAUUCUGUAGUGGCUCGGCUCCGCAUUUCCCAAUGAAGAAAACGCUCAUGCUGCUCUGGAAAACAGUUCUGGUGUCGAUGGGUGGCUUAGACAAGCUGCAAGAUUUGAAAAACAAGUACCGUGAGGACAAUGGGUUACCUCCCCUGCCAGAGGACGCGGCAGAGGUAUGUCGUUCAAUGAGAGCGUCCUCUCCCCCAGCCUCAGCAGCCGACCUGAUCGACCAGCAGAUGCCUCAUCGUGGCCUAAGAGGUCCAAACAAACGGUUUAAUUCCCUGAGUGAUUUUAAGAGUAGUCUUGAUGAAAACCCGUUUGAAAACGGGAAUGGAGGUGAUUAUGGAGACGACGAUAUUCUAAAAGACGACGACUCGGACAAAGGAGAGAGCUUUACGGAUAAUUUUGAACUCCCCCCCACACCCCCAAGACCAUCAACGCCUACAGUGGCACCGCAGAAAUCGUUGCCAUGGAAACCGAAAGUGAGGACAAAAGAUUUGGAGAAUUUCCUGGACCACACCCGAGCAAAGUUUGUCGGCUUCCAGGUGAAGAAUGAUCGGGACUCCCUGGCAGGCCUCCCCCAUCCCAUUCACGAGGGAGUGAAGGUUCUCAAACAGCAUCUGUAUGUGUCCCUAUCCGAACUACAAGUGAAACGUGAAGAAGAGAUUGCCAAAAAUCCAUUGUCACGACCGGAGACUGAUGUCCCCAAUACCCCAUCAGAGGCUCUCUUCCAGGCCAUCCUGCCCAACCUACCACAGUAUAUGAUUGCCUUGUUGAAGAUCUUGCUGGCUGCAGCCCCAACUGCCAAGACAAAGACAGACUCUAUCAACAUUUUAGCAGACCUGCUGCCUCUGCCUGAGGAGAUGCCGACGACUGUGUUUCAAUCCAUGAAACUUGGCAUAGAUGUUAACAGACACAAGGAGAUUAUUGUCAAGGCCAUCUGGCUGGUUCUUCUGAUGCUGAAACAUUUCAAACUGAACCACAUUUAUCAGUUUGAGUUUAUGUCACAACACCUUGUGUUUGCGAAUUGUAUCCCACUGGUGUUGAAAUUCUUCAAUCAAAACAUUGUUUUGUACGUCACCGCAAAAAACAGUAUCCCAGUUCUGGAUUUUCCGUCAUGCGUUGUAGGGGAAAAACAAGAAAUCACUGCAGAAGCACUUGAAAAGGGAGACAACCAGUUAUACUGUUGGCGGAACGUGUUUUCCUGCAUCAACUUGCUUCGAAUCCUUAACAAACUUACCAAGUGGAAGCACUCUAGGACCAUGAUGCUGGUCGUUUUCAAAUCGGCUCCAAUCUUGAAACGAGCAUUAAAGGUUCGCCACGCAAUGAUGCAGCUGUACAUCCUUAAGCUGCUAAAGAUGCAAACCAAAUACCUGGGUCGACAGUGGCGCAAAUCCAACAUGAAAACCAUGUCUGCUAUAUAUCAAAAGGUCCGACAUCGCCUCAAUGAUGACUGGGCUUAUGGAAAUGACAUGGAUGCAAGACCUUGGGACUUUCAAGCUGAGGAGUGUGCAUUACGCGCAUGUGUGGACCGGUUUAACAAUCGGCGUUAUGGGACCAAUGGAGCGGACCAAGACUACAAACCGGUGGACAACUGUAUAUUGAGUGUGCUUGGCCAGGAUCUUGAUCUGAGUGAAGAAUUUAAGCAAAACUAUGAAAUGUGGCUGGACAUGGAGGUGUUCUCCAAUCAGAUCGAUUGGGAUCAAAUUGUGCAAUAUUGAGUAGGCUUAGAUAUUGAAGUGAAGAACAAAAUUUGAGGUAUUGUUAUUGCCUUAAAGGGGCACAAUACAGGUUGAUGCCAAAAAUAUAAAUAACAGUUUAAUGCAUUAUUAUGAUGAACUCAUUUGACUUGAAUGGUCAGAACAAAAUAAGUACAUGAUUUGUGAACAGAUAAACAAAUAUAAGUGAUAUGUUUUCUCCUUUUUUACUGGGGAAUUUCUGGCAUCAUAGAAAUUAUUUAAAAAAAAAUCAUAAAUGAAGGCUAAUUUUUUAUCUGUACCUGAAUCAUAUGCUUUCUUUUGUUUUGAUCAUAAAAGUGAAAGGAGUAAAAUAUGAUAAUGCAUUAAAAUCAAACAAAUAUGUUUGCGUCAACCUAAAUUGUGCGCCUUAAAAUAUUUCAGUUUAGAAACAGUAUUUGAGGUAUUAUAAUUGCCUAAAUGUUGUUUGUAGUCAUGGGUGAAGAACUUGUGGCAAUGCAGUUAGGGAAAAUACCUGAUGUUGAUCAUAACUUGAAAACUUACAAUAUAUUACAGAACUUUGUUUAAGUUAAAAUAUAUGAUAAUUGACAUCGUUGUUAACUGUUAAGCGUUAAAUGUUUCAUGAUGUUCUCUCAUAUUUAAAUAUAAACAAGUACAACUGAAACAGUUGUCUCAAAUAGUAUUUGAAGUAGGGAAGACCAGAAGUAUUUCGAAUGAACUUCUACAGCAGUAACAGUUUGAACAUUAACAACGAUGAUGUUAACAGGGUUGUUUACUUAAACAAAGUUCUGAACAAUCGAUCCAUUGUCUCAGUGCUCAGCUUUAUUAUGCCCCCCUUCGAAGAAAAGGGGUAUAUUGCUUUGCACAUGUCGGUCGGUCGGUCUGUCGGUAGACCAAAGCUUGUCCGAGUGAUAACUCAACAAUUCCUGGACGUAUGGUCAUCAACCUUGACAUGAAUGUUGGGCCUAACCAGUAGAUGACCCCUAUUGAUUUAAGGGCUCAUCGGGUCAAAGGUCAAGGUCACAGUGACCUUUAAUGGUAAAAUAAUUUUAAAGCUUGUCUGAGUGAUAACUCGACAAUGCCUGCACCCAUGUCCUUCAAACUUGACUUGGAGGUUGGGCCUGACCAGUUGAUGGCCCCUAUUGAUUUUAGGGGUCAUUGGGCCAAAGGUCAAGGUCACAGUGACCUUGAAUGAUAAAAGGUUGUCCGAGUGAUAACUCAACAAUGCCUGCACCAAUGGCCCUCAAACUUGAAUUGGAGGUUGGGCCAGACCAGUAGAUGACCCCUAUUGAUUUUAGGGGUGAAAGGUCAAGGUCACUGUGACCUUUAUAGCAAACUCGACAGUUCCUGGACCUAUGGUUAUCAAACUUGACAUGAAGGUUGGGCCUAACCAGUAGAUGACCCCUCUUGACUUUGGGGGUCAUCAGGCCAAGGUCAAGGUCACAGUAACCUUUAACGCAAAAAAGUUAACAAAUCUUCUCCCAGUGAUAUCUAAACAAUGCCUGAAUCUAUGAUCAUCAAACUUGACAUGGAUGUUGGGCCUGACCAGUAGAUGACCCUUAUUGAUUUUAGGAUUCAUCAGGUCAGAGGUAAAGUUCACAGUGACCUUGAAUGCGAAAAUGUUUCGAGCGCUAAGUCGACAAUGCCUGCACCCAUGGCCCUCAAACUUGACUUGGAGUUGCAUCUGACCUGUAGAUGACCCCUCAUGAUUUUAGGGGUCAUCAGGUCAAAGGUCACAAUGACCUUGAACGAAAAAAGCUUGUCUGUGUGAUAACUUGUCAAUGGCUGGACCCAUGGCCCUCAAACUUGACAUUUAGGUUUUUGAUGACUCCUGUGGAUUUUGAGGUCAUAGAGUCAAAGGUCAUGGUUAUAACACACUCUAUCCUCACACUUUGAAUGGUCAUAAUCUUAAAACUGCCUCAACAGCAUCCAAUGUCAGUGACAAAUCAGCUGUCAUUUCGUUCAUGCAUAUUUCAUCCAAUUGUCCAUAUAAUCCUGACAACAUUGACUGGGGGGGGGGCAUAAUGUUUGACAAACAUCUCUUGUUAUUUAUGGUUUGGAUUGAAUAUUUAGCUUUGUUACUCUUGAAAUUAAAUAUUUGCUGUUAUAAAUACACAUUUGUUAUGAAACUUUAUAAGAUGUAGUUGUAGCUUGACUAUUGGAAGAAAAAGGAGAGCUAUUCUUCUCACCCUUGUGUUGGCAUCACAUUAUUGAUAAGGUUUUGGAUGUAAGCAUCUCAGCAAAUACAACAGCCAUUGCAUUUAAAUUUUAGAUAUGUUUUCCAAACUACUUAAAUCUUGAAGUUGGCUAACACUAGCAACAACUUCAUGUAUUGUAAUGAAACUUUAUACAUUCAAGUUUUGCAAUCCUUAAAGUUAAAAGCGGCAUAAAAGUCGAGUGCUGCCUCUGUUACAGCUCCUGUUAAUAUUAUUGUGUGUGCAUGUUCAUGUUCAUGUAUGAUAUGGGCAUUGUCAUGAAGUUUCGCAGCUUUUACAUUUCUCUCGGAAAGAGCCUUUUGAAGUAUGAAUCUGCAAAAGUCUACUUGGUUUGAAUACAAACUCCUGAAGUUAUAACUGUAUUACAUGUAAGAAAAUCUCAAAAUAAAACGUGAAUUCAA